AUGGGGCCUUGGCAUGAAAAUAUGUCCGUUUCCUCCUGGGACUUUGUUGAUCCUGGAAGUGAGGGAGAGGGUGCCACUGUGUCCCUCUCAGAGACAGUGCAGAAAUGGCGAGAAUACCGACACCAGUGCCAACGCUUCCUGACUGAGGCUCCACCCCCAGCCACAGGCCUGUUUUGCAAUCGGACCUUCGAUGAGUAUGCCUGCUGGCCAGACGGGCUGCCAGGCUCCUUCGUGAAUGUCAGCUGCCCCUGGUACCUGCCCUGGGCCAGCAGUGUGCUGCAGGGCCACGUGUACCGGUUCUGCACAGCCGAGGGCCUGUGGCUGCGCCAGGACAACUCCAGCCUGCCCUGGAGGAACCUGUCUGAGUGCGAGGAGUCCAAGCGAGGGGAGAGAAGCUCCCCAGAGGAGCAGCUCCUGUCCUUUUCCAUCAUCUACACGGUGGGCUACACACUCUCCUUCUCCGCUCUGGUCAUCGCCUCGGCCAUCCUCCUGAGCUUCAGACACCUGCACUGCACCCGGAAUUACAUCCACCUGAACCUCUUUGCGUCCUUCAUCCUCCGAGCGCUGUCCGUCUUCAUCAGGGACGCGGUACUCAAGUGGAUGUACAGCACAGCCCCCCAGCAGCACCAAUGGGAUGGGCUCCUCUCCUACCAGGAUUCUCUGGGCUGCCGCCUGGUGUUCCUGCUCAUGCAGUACUGCGUGGCGGCCAAUUACUACUGGCUCCUGGUGGAGGGCGUGUACCUGUACACGCUGCUGGCCUUCUCAGUCUUCUCCGAGCAGCGCAUCUUCAGGCUCUAUCUGAGCAUAGGCUGGGGUGUCCCCUUGCUGUUUGUUAUCCCUUGGGGCAUUGUCAAGUACCUCUAUGAGGAUGAAGGCUGCUGGACCAGGAACUCAAACAUGAAUUACUGGCUCAUUAUCCGGCUGCCCAUUCUCUUUGCCAUUGGGGUGAACUUCCUCAUCUUUGUCCGGGUCAUCUGCAUUGUGGUGUCCAAACUGAAAGCCAAUCUCAUGUGCAAGACGGACAUCAAGUGCAGACUUGCCAAGUCCACACUGACGCUCAUCCCCCUGCUGGGAACCCAUGAGGUCGUCUUUGCCUUUGUGAUGGAUGAACAUGCACGGGGCACGCUGCGCUUCAUCAAGCUGUUCACAGAGCUCUCCUUCACCUCCUUCCAGGGGCUGAUGGUGGCCAUCUUGUACUGCUUUGUCAACAAUGAGGUCCAGAUGGAGUUUCGGAGGAGCUGGGAGCGCUGGCGGCUCAAGCACUUGCACAUCCAGAGGGACAGCAGCAUGAAGCCCCUCAAGUGUCCCACCAGUAGCCUGACCAGCGGGGGCACGGUGGGUAGCAGUGUGUAUGCAGCCUCCUGCCAGGCCUCCUGCAGCUAAGCCCCCCAGCCCCUACCCUUCCUGUGGUCUCGCUGCUGGCUGGGUGGCCACCCCGGGUGGGAGAGACCCUGCCGGGGCUGGGGAAG